AUGAAGACGGCGGUCAUGGAGAAGAGCCGAGAACAGGUUAAUGUCCACUCGCGGCUCACAGUGGUGUCGAGCACCCCAACUGAGCCAAUGGGUUUGGCUUGCGGUCUGAGCCCAAUCGACCAUAUCAUGGGCAGCCAUACGGGUCAUAUUAUCUUUUACUAUCGGACCAGUCCAUUUCUUCCAAAGGGACGGUUCUCAAUGGACUUGGAUAAUUUUCGCGUUUCUCUUGCGGAACUUUUAUCCGAGUACCCCCGAAUAACCGGCCGGUUGGUUCGUGGCCAUGAUGGUCACGGUAACUGGCUAGUUAAGUAUAAUGAUGCUGGGGUUAGGAUGUUUAAAGCGGAGGUAGGGGUCACGGUUGAUGAAUGGCUGGGAUUUGCUGAUGAAUCUGAUGAAAGGAAUUUAACGGUGUGGGAAGACAUGCCGGAUGGUGACCCUACUUCAUGGUCGCCUUUUCAAAUCCAGAUUAGUGAGUUUGUAGGAGGGGGGCUAGCAGUUGGACUGAGCUUCACCCAUCUACUGGCUGACCCAACAGCUGCGACCCAGUUUUAUAAAGCAUGGACCGAUGCCGAACGCGGUGAAACCAUCGGAAACAACCCACCAGUUUUCAAUCUACCGCUACUUGACAGCCGACCAGCGCCUGCUACCACCAACGGAAACACUUGUACCACCACUAAAUACCUGCAAAGACAUUCGAAACUAGUACCAACUGAUCCACCUAUGAAAAUGGCAACAUCCACCUUCAAAUUUUCCAACAAAAUGAUCGAGAAACUCCUUUCUGAGAUCGCCGAUAAAUGCCCCAAUGCCACACCUUUUGAUUACCUCACGACGUUAUUUUGGUCGCGAAUUAUCAAGCUUAAAACUCCGGCUUCGCCUUCGCCUAUACAAUCCAUCUCGUUAUGCAUUGAUGCCCGCAAACUUCUUGAUGUACCAAUACCAAAUAAGUUCUUCGGAAACGCUAUAAGUUUCUCGCAAUUGUCACUAGAAAACGAGAUGUUAACUGGCGAUAGCGGUCUAGCAGAAGCCGUGGAAUCGGUACACCGCCACGUGACGGGGAUCAAGAAAGAUGACAUUCUUUCAACGGUCGAUUGGCUCGAGACUUGUCGAAAUGAACUGAACGGUAUGUAUCCGAAACCGGUUCAAAUGUACGGCCCAAGUUUAACAUGUGUAAGCUUGGAGCAUCUGAUGAUCCCGAAAGACGAACCAAAAGGCGAAUUUGAGUCGCUCGUUUACGAGGCAAAGUUUCGGAACAACGAGAAACCGGUGCACGUGAGUUACCAUGUGGGCAAAGUAGAGGGAGAAGGGUUGAUCGUGGUGGGACCUUCGGCGGAGGGGGGAGUGGCGAGAACGGUGACGGUGACUUUGCCGGCGGAGGAGAUCGGGAAGCUUUGUAGAGAUCCGGUGAUAAUUGAGAUGGAACCAGCUAUGAUUUUAAGUGGAAGGAGAGAGUGAUUCAUUACCGAUGGUGGUGAUUAUAAUCAGUAAUUUUCAAAUAACAAGUAUCCAGAGAAUUAGAUUGCUGGUUCUGUGGCUGUGGUA